ACUCUACUAUGACGCUGAUGACAAAGUUAAGCUUCGUUUUGCGAAUUGAACCACUCGAAGCAGCUUACUCCUUUCCUUAGCGACAGAGAACGAUUACAGACGGUUGGGUACCAACUAACUGAGUGGAUAUGCCUUACUGAUGGAUGAAACUUUCUACGUUCAAGAAAUCAAAAAUCUUAUUAGUACUUACAAAGAAUCUUGGCCAAGAUCAUGGCUAGAUGUUUGUGUCAAGACUGAAGAAUAUCUCCAGGAACCCACGUUUAAGCAGAAACUGGCAAUCCUAGAUGUGGUGUCAAAACUGGUUUUUGUACAAACACACAAAGGUGACUUAUCAUCCGAAACCCAAGAACUGCUAAAACCACUCACAAGUAUAUGGUGUGGGAUUUAUUUUUGCUCCCUCAAGAAUCUCAAACUUUGUCAGAAAGUAAAAAAGACAUUUGAAAUCCUUUGUGAGUUCAAGCACCAUCAUGCAAAAUGUGAGAUCAAAAGAAAUAUCCAAGAGCUUUUAUUGUCUACAAGCAAAGUUGUUUAUCAAAUUGAAGUUGUUUGUCAGCUCAUUGAUGCCUCUGCCUUUGGAAGGGAGUGUGUUGGAGAGCUCUUUGAAAACAUUCUUACAACCAUUUCACAAUGCUUAGAUUCCUUUUGUCAACAGAAUUGUGUAAAAAAACAAUCCAUCAAUGUGGAAUUGUCAGCUACCUGUAACUCAGGUAUGACAUGUCAAAUCAUUGUUAAGGCUGUUUUGAAGAUGUUCCAAUACUUCCCAAUUAAAACUGGUUCCCUGCUUCAUAGUUACAAGGCUACAUCAAGUGAAGAGAAAUCUCUCAUGGAAGUUAUCAUCAGCAGCCUGUGGAUGAUAUUAUUUUGUGAGACCUUGCCGAAGGAAUGUACAUAUUUAUGUGGGACAGCAACUGGCCUAUUCUUAAGCAUAGCUGCUGAUCAGAAUAUCUGUACCAAACAAACUAUUUCACAGUUACUAAUUGCAUCAGGAGCAUCUCUUGCAAAGAACCGAGCUGUACACGACCUUCACUCAGUGGUGAUUGGAUGUUUAAAAGUGAAUCUACCAUUACCUGAAUACAGACCCAUCGUGCAGCUAGCCAUUGUAGUGGGAAUCAUUAAAUCACAAAGAGAACAGAUACUGCUUGAGAUAGAAGAUCAAGAGGGUACUACUUUGAUAGAAGGUCUCCUAUUUCAGACAAUAUACAAGCUUUGCAAAGAGAGCAAAUGCUCACCUGUUCAUUAUGUUGCUUUUGAAGCCAUGAAGCAGUGGCUUGUUUCCAUUAAAGCUCUUUUAAAAAAGAAACAACUGUACAAAAGUGUCCACUGGAGGACAAAAUUGGAUUCAGACCAUACUUGUAAUCUCAUUGGUCUUAUCUGGGAGAACUUAGAAGAUUUUAUAGAAGGUGUUCCAAGCUUGGCUGUGACAUUGUUUGAUCUAUUUCUCCAAUGGCACAAAGAUGAAGAAAUUGCAAGAAACUCACUGGAUGAGCAAAUGUAUAGGUCACUAACACUAAAGGUUCUAGGACUUCCCUGGCAUGUGAAGGGAAGAUAUGGAUUGCUCUGCUCUCUUGUCCACCAUGUUGAGCUCCAGAAUAUUUUGGAGGCCCACCCUGCCAUUUUGGAUGACCUGAUUCGCUGCUUGGGAUUCAAUCAGCUAACCUCUGCCUCCACCAGUGCUUUCAAGGCUUUUCUUGAAAAGGGGAGAAACAGUUCAGGGAGUGAGCAGCUUGAUCAAAAGGAUGUGUCCGUGUUCAUGCAAAUUUGGGAGAAAAAUUGGAAAGCAAAAUUGUUUUUUGCCUUGACAAGUAAAGACAGAUUGCUGCAGAAGAAUGCAUGCUUGUAUUGGCUGCCAUGUGUACUCAAGUUGUUUCCUGAAUAUGUAGCCUCACUGCUAAAGGAACUUAGAGAUGCAUGUCAUAAAGCUGAGAACAGGACAACAGUUUUCUUGGGUUUUCUUUCAGUGUUGAAAGUUGGUCGUUCAUUAGCUCUUUUACAAGUAGAAGACUUGGAAGAGAAUUCUCUUAAUGAGGGUCUGACUCACUUACAAAACGACAUUAAAGCUACUGCACUGUCCGUGAUCAGUUUCACACCAAAGACAGCAGAGCCCCUUUCAACAAUGGAACAAAGGCUUCUAAAGGAUUUUCUUCCUAAUAAUUUGAAUAUAGCGUGUGCUCCAUUCAGGCAAACACUUUUCGUGUCUAUGAAGAAAGUACUUGGAAGAGUUAGGGAUAGUUGCUUGAUCUUGUUGAAGGACCAUCAUCAGGAAGACAUGGACUCUCUUCUACCUCAGACAGUUGAUGAAAUGUUAAAGUUUGUAGAUUGGUUAUUUCAGCUUGCAAUGGGAUGCUUCUUUCCAGGAGCUUCGUACCAGAGACAGAAGACUGCAAUGCAACUUUUGGUGGCUAUUUUCGAUGUCUUCUCACUGAAAUUGCAGCCAGACAAGAAAAAGGGUCAAGUACCAGCUUCAUGUCACUUGCUUGUUUCCUUGGCCAAUCGUCAUGGAUACUUUCAGUUUUUCUCCAUCAGGAGUGCUGUAAUAUUGUUGGGAUGUGUGGAAAGCUGCUACGCUGAUAUUCGUGAUGCAGCAGUGAUUAUUCUCCAAGAGCAAUUUUCGUGGCCUUUAAAGGUUUUAGAGAAUGAUUCCACUGGUAUAGCAUCGGCACACAUGCUGGUACAAAAGGCUGUGGUUCUCGCCAAAAGCCCAAAAGUUCAGGAUUGCGAGAAAGGAGCUGUUCUGUUCCAGUUAAUCCAUAGCAGGUAUGUUUCAAUGUUAGGGUGGGAAUUCAGUUUGUCAGCACAAGAAAUUAAACCUCCUACGUUGGGCGAGUUACCUAGCAGUGAGACGACCAUUCACAUGUUACAAGAAGUGUUGGCUGAACUUAAAGUGCAUUUUGAAGCUGCUCGAAAGAAUCUGAAACUUGCAUCGCAAGAUGAGCCAGGCCAUGGUAUUUCUCUAGCUUUGGCACAUUGCAUUCAAGAAUUAAGCUUAGGUGUUAUCAGUAAAGAUAAUCAGAUUGAGCUUCAGACUGUCAUACAACACACCGUUGAUAUUGCUACUAACAUCAUAAUCUACAUGUUGGACUUGCUUUCUGGAGGCCACAAUACUGAUACAAUUGGUGGAGCGUCGUUUGCCGAUAUCGGCGAAGCCUUGGAUGAAAUAGUCUCUUUGUCAAUGACUCACGAUGACGAGGGAAUAAAAGAAAUAUUUCCUGUUCACACCCACAAAGAUAUGGUGAUUUCUUGUUGCUGGCUUAAUAUUAAGUGUGCAUGUCAUUUGCUAGCAGUCAUAUUUGAAAAGACUACCACCCAACUCAAGCAUUUACCAGCAAUUCAGUUACUUCGUGAAGAAACUUUGAGGAAAGUCGCCGAGACAAUUUGGAAAGUUAUCAUGCAGUGUAGGCACCAGGGUGUUGUUCAGCACUGUAGGAGCAGUUUUUUGAAGAUUUGCCGGUGUUUAUUUCAAUCAUCACUACCAUGUCUUCACUCUGUACCAAGGAAGUGGCUGGAUGACAUGUUGAACACAGUGUCUUUAUCAAGCUCUCAAACCUCUAUCACCAGACGCAGUGCAGGACUACCUGUGCUGUUUUCCAGUAUUUUGGCAUGUGCACCAAGUUCAAGUCAAAGAUUGCUGUUGAAGCAGUGCAUGAAGUGUCUACUGGACAUUGUAUCGCUACCUAUUCCUGCUGUCAUAGACCAACACCUCGACCUGCCACAGGUACAUGCAAUCAACAUUUUGAAGCUACUUUACCAAGAUACGUCUCUUGGUUGUGAAAUUCUGCAGUACGCCUCACAGGGAACGAUAAUGGCCAUAGGUGGAUUUGCAUCUUCAUCAUGGGCGGUUAGGAAUGCUUCCAUGCAACUGUUCGGUUCCUUAGUAAAGCGAAUGCUUGGUCAGCGACGUACUGCAGAUGACGACACUGAAAUGAACACGAUGAGCUCGUCGGACUUUUUCAACAGCUACCCUGCUCUACGCAAAUUCUUCCUUUCUCAUUUGCAAAAUACACCGCGGUCAGCUUACAGUUCCUCCGCGCAGUUUUUUAAUCUGUCCAAACCAGAACUGUUUCCCAUUUUGACACUUCUGUCAAAGCUUUAUUCGUACUCUAAAUUUAACGAAAGUUCAGCGAGCCUUUUGCCGGAGUUUGUUCCUCACCUGAUGUUGUUGACUUCAAGCCCAUCGCACACAGAACGUGUUAUUGCAGCAAAGGCUCUAGUUCCGUUUAUUCCCCGUGAAAACCUGUUGGACAGGGUAGAGGAACUGGUCAAGCUUCUUCCAAGUCCAGAGUCGACUCAGGGUUUUUCGCAGAAUGUUCUUCAUGGGAUUUUACUCCAAAUUGGCGCCCUUCUUGAGGUUAUUCCAUGCUCUGCAUUUGCAGAAAGAGCAAGUGGUCUUUUCAAGGAAAUGUUGAAAAAGUCGUGGAUAUGUUCCUUGAGAAAUCAUUGUCCCUUAACGCGAGCUGCCUUCCUCAAUAUUGUGAUGAAAUAUUUUUCUUCCUUCCUUAAAGAUACCGAACGAGACGUUAGUUUACUGAAAUCAGUGGCUUUGGAGAGUUUAAGAGAACCUACCGCAGAGGUUGUUCAUCCAUUGCUUUGUGAAGCACAAUGGCAACGUGAAGUAGUCAGGGCGUGUAUCCAUUUUGAGUUUUAUUUCCCUCGGUCAGAAGAACAAAAAAGUCAACUAUCCCAACUCAUUUUGUCAACAAACAAAGAACGGAGAUUUGCUGCUUUGGAGUAUUUACUCAACGAGUCAUACAAAAUUUCAGACCCAGUCCUUAGCGAUCUCGUGACUCUUUUAAUCCACGAAACGGACCAUUUCUGUCUGGUGUCGGCUCUGGAUCUCUUUGUAAAAGUUUGUGCCCAGUCCGAUGUGUCCUUUCCGACCUACGCUAACGUAAAAGAACUUUGGAACAAGCUGACUUCUCUAGCUAAGAAGUCAAGAGGGGUAACUUUGGCUGGUAAAGCAAUUCCUGCAUGCAGUCUGAUUCUCAGGCAUACCAUUAACAUGAGUGUCUUACCAACCAAUUCAUUGGAGUUACGCGGAAUGUUAAAGCAGUGGCGUGAGUUGAUUCAAACAAACUGCGACUGGGAGCAAGAAGAACUAUUAAGACAGGGCACAGUCCAGUCUCUGAAGCUAUGCGGUGUUGCAAUAUUGAGCUUUGUGCUGGCAUGUAAAGGAGAAGCUGGCCUGCUCAAAUAUUUGUAUGUAAUUGAGACAGCCACAAGUGUGCUUAGUUCAACUCUGUGUUUGCUACAAGACGAAGACGAGGAAAUAAGAUUCAAUGCAGCUGAGUUUGUUGCCAUGAUUGCUGAGCCUACGAAGAGCUUAACGUGCUCAGCGGCUAUGGAACGUGUCUUUCAGUUUAUGGCGGACCAUGUUUGGUCCAUUCCCGGAUGUUGGAUGAUUAUGGAAACCAUGAUAAGGGGAUCAAAGUCCAUUGCAGAAGUAUUGAAAGAUUACUUGGGAGCGAGACUAAUGCUGUUUGAGCAGGAGGACGCUAAUUUAUACGCAGAGCCAGUGAUUUUGGCAACAAUGGUGGUCAAAUACUUCAAGCGUGUAAUCAAUAAGUUGCUUGGAACAAGAGAGAUCGAUUCAAAUGAAUAUUUCCACAACUGGUUUAUUGCGGGGUGUAACCAACUCACCAAAGACCUUCAGGAACUGAAAGAUUCAGGUAUAAAGGAAUGUGGCUCGCUCUCUAAUCCCAAACCUUCUAUAGUACGAUUUCGUAUGAUGUGCAUGGCUGAAGUGCUUUGGUUUGCUGUGAACAAUGGUCUGAGGAGUGAGUGCUGCCUGUCUGUAAUUAACGCUGUCAACGAACCUUUGGUGAAUAUGUUAGAGGAGAUAAUCCAGGUGAAGGAUGCGGUUCACCCAUGGCUCACAAAAUGUGCCAGCGACUUGUUAAUAAUUGUACGAAAAACAAUGGAUAGUGACUUGUCAUAGUAAAUCUUAUGUUACGGAACCGUUUUCAUCCCAUCGUUACUUUUCCUAACUUGAAUUUUGGCUCGUAGUAAAUCGUAGUUUUACCUGAUAGCACUGUGUCCUCUGUUUCUAUCUACAAUACAAGUACGAGGCUUGGUGUGGAGUAGCGUUGCCCGAUCACAUUUCUUUCCAGUUACUGGCUGAUCAGAUUUUUCGCAUUAAGAUCAAGAAAGUAAAUCCAGGCGAUUCAAUCCUUUAAUGAUCUCCGAAGAUCAAUUUCACUGAGUAAUUUGGUUGUGACUGGCUCGAAUGAGGGAAAAGUAAAGGAAUGUAGAGCAACGACGUCUAUGGGAACUACUGCUUGGUAGAACAAUUAUUCAGAAUCCUAAUUUGUUUUGUAAUUUCAUCUCGUGUAUGAUUUCGAUUUGUUAUAUCUUCUCAAAGGGAUAACAAACACGAGAGCCCGUAACCAUGUCACCGCAUCACUGUUUUUGGCGUUCUGUAGUUAGAGGAUAUUGAACAUUCCGGAUACAGUAGCAAAUGGUAAUCCUUACUAGUGGUAUUUAGAAGAUACAAAACUCUGCACUGUAUAUGACUCUCAUCUACUUAAAGAACUGGUGUUGUAAAAAAAAUAAAUGAGAAGGGUCAUUUUGAUGCGUAAAUCUAGAAGGGAUUUGCAAUUACUUGAUUAGAACUCUGGAUUGCCUUUAUCCAUUAAAAAGAAAAAAUUAAAAGUGCCUAUUAAAGAACAGUUAUGCUCAGA